AUGGCAACUGAGGAAGCCAUUGCUGCGGGACUCAUUGACUGGGUCAACAGUUUAUCAGUCGCCGACCCGAUCUCAACGGUAGACGACCUUACCAAUGGCGAAGUCAUCUGGAAAGUCCUACAACAAAUCGACCGCUUCAGCUUCCCAGGCAAACUCCCAGAGGAUGCGAACACGGAUCAGUGGAUACACAAAUGGACCAACCUGAAGCAUAUCUACGAUGCCCUCUCCAUCUUCCUCGUGGAAGAAUGCGGUCAAAGUCUGCGCUUCCCGGGAGGACGACCCGACCUCAAAGCCAUAGCUCAGUCUUCCUCUCUUAGCGAUGCUAUCGGCCUCCUCAAGUUACUGGUGCGCAUUGAGUAUCUUAAGCAGAUGCAAGAGCUUACGGAGUCUACUCAAGGCGUACUGAUGCAAACGGUUCAAGAGGCUGGCGAGGAUGACGGUGCAGAUGACGAAGAAGAGCUUGCGGAUGGGAAUGCCCAGGAAAAUGAGAACGAUCCUCCAAUGUCACCGCGACAAGAGAGGAUUGCGCAUGAGAAAAGAGAAUUACAGAAACAGCUGGACGAACAGCAUACACGCUAUGAACAAUUACAGGAGCGCUUCGAUCAAAGCCAGGACGAGUUGAAAGAGACAGCAGGACGUUCGGAUAGUCAAUCGUUGGAUUCGAAACACGAUACGCUCGUCGCAACACUGGAGACUCGCGUACUGGAAGCCGAAUCUGAGGUCGAAGAGUUACGCAAGUCGAAUGAAAAGGCUCAAAAGCUGCAGGAUGAUUUCGACGAGUUGAAGAUUGACAGGGAUCGACUGGCACGUAAAGCCAACACGGCCGAAAAAUAUCGUCAGAAGCUGGAAGCCAGCCAGGACCUUGAAAAGGAUAACACCAGUCUCAAGUCCAAGCAGUCAGACUCUGCGCGGCGGGAGGUUGACGACAUUGAGCAAGAAAGAUACGAUAUAAACGAAAUGAAGAAGCGGCUGGAGUUUGACUACCACGCGCUCGAAGCACGUUAUCAUGAUACCCAGCAAGAGGUGCACGACCUUCAGGAGAGACUCCGAGAUUACGAAGAUGGCAUACCCUCGGCCACAAAGGCAGAGAGGCAGCUGAGCCCAGAAGAAGCAGAUUUCGCGGAGUCCGAGGCUCGAUUGACUGCAGCAUUAUUGAACGGGGACUCGUCGCCCACGCCUCAAGACUCUACUCUAACGCUGCCUGUUGAGACGACCUCUGCGACAGGUCUUGGUAUCGACCUCUCGGACGACGCACUAAUGUCGGCGAUGCGAGCACAAGCGCAAGCCGGCUCAGCCACCGAGCGAGAGUCGUCUCUUCGUGCACAAAAGAAAAGCAAGAACAAAUCACUCCUUGAUCAUGUACAGAAGCAGGACCAGACAAUCAAGGACAUGCAGAAGCAGAUCUCGGAAGAGCAAAGAGUGCAGAAGGAGAAGGGAUCUAUGCCCCCACCGCCGCCACCGAAAGACAGUCCAGCGCCCGUAUCGGACUCAGAAGCCCAACCACUAGAUGAAGAGUCCGAAAUUGAGCGUCUGCAGAGUCAUAACACGAUUCUACAGCGUGAGCUGAAGCUUAUGGCUUCGGCGUGGCAUGAACAGAAUCUUCGGCUUGCCAGCAUGAGCUCUGCAACACCAGGACGGAGCAGGGCCAUGGGUGGUGCAGGUGAGCCCAGAGGUUUCCUGGGUCGACAGAGGCGAAGAGUUGAUGCCGUUGCUUUUGGCAAAUAA